GAUAUUUACAUCAUGGUCAACAAACUAAACCAGUUAGAACUUUCCUAGAUGUGGAAGCAGCGGGAUUAUAUUUCUAUAUGUUUGAUGUGACCCAGCGCUUUUUCGAGUUGUUUCCUGAUGUUCUGAAAAGGUACAUUCAAGUAAAGCGUGAUUGUUGUCAUUAUAAAUUGGAAUACAUUCUUUUUCAGAGUUAAAAUCAUCAAAGACACAGAUGAUCCUUUCAAUCAUUUGAAGAUGGUAAUGCAUGGACAUUGGGAUGGCGUUCUAGUGUUACCGUCAGCCAUGGUAAACUAUUUCAAUCAGAAAAAUCUUGGUCGAGGGCAUGUCAACGUUGGGACCGAAAUUGUUGCUACGUAUCUAGUUUGUUUUUACUAUCCAAAAAACUCGCCUUUUUAUAAAAUGUUCGAUAAGGUCAUUUCUCAGCUGCAUGUUUCUGGAAUAUUCAACUACUGGCUCCGUUCCUUUGGAGAAACUAGUUAUUUCGAUUUUGGCGAUACAAAACCUAAACAAUUAAACUUUGAUGGCGUGUCCGGUAUAUUUAUCCUAUGGGCAUUGGGGCUGUUCUUAUGCACCGUUGUGUUUGUUAUUGAAUUGGUAUACGGAAUUCUUUCCGUUGAUAAAAACAACCGAUUAAAAGCGGUAAUUAGGAAUAGUUAUCUAUAAAUGAGAACCAUUUAAAAACAAUGCAACUAUUCUAGCAGAACUAAUUAAAACUGAUACAUUAGUAACAAGAUAUUGCUUAUCUAUAGAGCAAUGCCUAACGCCAAAGACUAGUUGGAAGGAAUCUAUGGUUUGAAAUGGUUCGUUUAUUCAUUUUAUGUUUGAUCUUUCCGUCCUGUGGAGGAAUAUCUUCCAACAAUGGCAACUAUGAUUUUAUAAGUGAUGCAUUGACUACUGUUUUCGAAAAGUAUUACAUAAUUACGCAUAAACCAGUCUUACUGAGUUCACCAAGAAAUGAUGAUAUUGAAAGCAAUGAUUAUGUUGAGAUAUUGGUAAACGCUGUUCGAUCGAGUCGCAAAAUAAUACCAAUUGUUUUCGUAUUGCACUCUGAAAUGCAUCCCUCGUACUAUAAUGUGCUGAUUGUUCGGUCAUAUGAAUCAUUUCUUCGGCAAUACGAAAUGAUCAAUACUGAUAGAUAUGACCUUUCAGGCUUGUACACUAUCAUUUGCUUUGCAUUGGAAUCCAAUGUCGUUGAAAUUAUAUUUGAGAAACUUUUAUUGAACAAAAUAAUCAAUGCAAUAGUUAUAAAAGUGACAACAGCGGGAGAAGCUCAAAUUUAUACAAAUUAUCCAUAUCAUGAAGGAAGUUGCAGUAAAAUCAAUCCAAAACUCUUGGCAAACAUAAGUCACAAUAAUUCUGAAAUUGAUAUUGACUUAUUCCCGAAUCAUCUGUUUAACAUGAAUGGGUGCUACUUAAAAGCAGGAACUUACGAUGUUGCCCCAUUCACAAUAGUUGGUAAUAGAAGUUUCGAUGGUUUGGAAGUAGUAAUGGUAGAAACUAUCGCAAAACAUCACAAUUUCACUGCACAGUAUGUUCUUAAUGAAGAUGGAACUAGUUGGGGUGUUAUUAGGGAAAAGAAUAGCACUGGUUUGAUGGGAUUAAUUCAAAACAAGCAGGUAGACUUUGGCUUUGGUACACUAGGAGUAACAGCAGAACGUAGCUUUUAUCUCAAACAGGGAAUACCACAUUUCAUUAGUGAGUUUAUUAUAGCUGUUCCAACCGGGAGACUGUAUACGUCAUUCGAGAAGUUGUAUAAACCUUUUGAUACUAUGGCAUGGAUGUUUAUUAGUAUUGCACUUGUUGGCUCAAUAGUUGUAUCAAAGGUUAUGUUUGGGAAACAAGAUGUAAGAUGUCUGAGAAUUUUAAAAAUUGAAGCAUUCGAAACUCCAGUUUUGAUUACUUGGCUAGCAUUCCUAGGAAAUCCUUUAGCAAAAUGCCCCAAAAAAGAUAAAACCAAAGCAAUUGUAAUGAGUUGGAUGGUUAUGGGGCUGAUGGUUAGAACUCUAUAUCAAGGGGCUAUGUUUAAAUACUUUCACAAAGGACAACACACCAAGCCUGUUCAAACUAUAGAAGAUAUUCAAUCUGAAAAGUUAUACUACUACUUAUAUGAACCUGCAAAACGAUUCUUUGCAUCGUCCCCGGAUAUUUUAAAAAUGCUCAAGUUCAUCAACCCUGAAGAAACCAAUCCCAAACUUUCACAGUUAUUAAAUGGAGAUCUAGAUGGUGUGAUUCUCCUGCCAUCGUCCACGUUGAACUAUUUCAAUCAACAGAACAUAAAAAAAGGAUUUGUGAAAACUGGAACGGAUGUUAUUGCAACUUAUGCUGUUGGAAUUUACUACCCCAAGGACUCUCCGUUAAAUCCAAUGUUUGACGAAGACAUCUUAAAUUUGCAAGCUGCAGGCCUAAUGAAGUACUGGAAAAGUGUUUUUGAAAUUACGAGCUUCAAAGAGUUUCAUAGCGUAGAACCACUUCCUCUGGAUAUGGACACGAUCUCGGCCAUCUUUAUAAUUUGGUUGAUAUUCACUUCUUUAAGCGUAACAAGCUUUUGCUUAGAAUUAUUAUGGAAGUGGUAGAAAAAUAAAACAAAUCAUUGUAUCAACGCGUUUCACAUUUAGAAAUAAAGACUUACAAU